GCUCUCGCGUUGCUUUCCGGCUUCUCGCGGGAACCGCCGCAGCCGGAAGCUCCACGUCGGUGAAUUGGGCUGUGAGGGAGAACGGGAGCGUCGGUGGCCGCAGCCCGGACUGCAUGAGCCAGAGCCAUGCCUCUUCGACUUGACAUAAAGCGUAAGCUAACAGCUCGAUCUGAUCGAGUGAAGAGUGUGGACUUGCAUCCCACAGAGCCAUGGAUGUUAGCUAGCCUUUACAACGGUAGUGUCUGUGUUUGGAACCAUGAAACACAGACAUUAGUGAAGACUUUUGAAGUAUGUGACCUACCAGUGAGAGCAUCUAAAUUUGUGGCAAGAAAAAACUGGGUUGUCACAGGAGCUGAUGACAUGCAGAUUCGGGUUUUCAACUACAACACUUUGGAAAGGGUUCACAUGUUUGAAGCACACUCAGAUUAUAUCCGCUGCAUUGCUGUGCAUCCUACACAACCUUUCAUUCUAACUAGCAGUGAUGACAUGCUUAUUAAGCUGUGGGACUGGGAUAAAAAAUGGUCCUGUUCUCAAGUGUUUGAAGGGCACACUCAUUAUGUGAUGCAGAUUGUCAUAAAUCCUAAGGAUAAUAAUCAGUUUGCUAGUGCCUCCUUGGACAGAACAAUCAAGGUGUGGCAGCUUGGUUCUUCGUCACCCAACUUCACUUUGGAAGGCCAUGAGAAAGGCGUAAAUUGCAUUGAUUACUACAGUGGAGGUGAUAAGCCAUACCUAAUUUCAGGAGCUGAUGACCGCCUUGUAAAGAUCUGGGACUAUCAGAAUAAAACAUGUGUGCAAACUCUUGAGGGUCACGCACAAAAUGUGUCCUGCGUUAGUUUCCACCCUGAGCUUCCCAUCAUCAUCACAGGCUCUGAAGAUGGAACUGUUCGGAUUUGGCAUUCAAGCACUUACCGUUUGGAAAGUACUCUGAACUAUGGCAUGGAAAGGGUGUGGUGGGCAAGCCUGAGAGGAUCAAAUAAUGUGGCUCUGGGAUAUGAUGAAGGUAGCAUCAUUGUUAAGCUUGGCCGUGAAGAGCCAGCCAUGUCAAUGGAUGCUAAUGGCAAGAUAAUUUGGGCUAAGCAUUCAGAAAUUCAGCAAGCUAAUCUGAAAGCAAUGGGGGAUGCUGAAAUCAAAAAGGGAGAGAGACUGCCACUUGCUGUGAAAGAUAUGGGCAGCUGUGAAAUAUAUCCUCAGACUAUUCAGCACAAUCCCAAUGGGCGGUUUGUAGUAGUGUGUGGGGAUGGUGAAUACAUCAUUUACACAGCUAUGGCAUUGAGAAACAAAAGUUUUGGUUCUGCUCAGGAGUUUGCAUGGGCACAUGAUUCUUCAGAGUAUGCAAUCAGGGAAAGCAACAGCAGUGUCAAGAUAUUUAAAAACUUCAAAGAGAAGAAGUCUUUUAAACCUGACUUUGGAGCAGAAGGCAUGUAUCUAUGGCGGUUUUUACUUGGUGUCCGAUCUGUCAAUGGCCUGGCAUUUUACGACUGGGAAAAUACAGAAUUGAUACGCAGAAUUGAAAUCCAGCCCAAACAUAUUUUCUGGUCUGACUCUGGUGAGCUCGUCUGCAUAGCCACUGAAGAAUCUUUCUUCAUUCUAAAGUACCUUUCUGAAAAAGUUGCAGCCCAAGAGACACAUGAGGGAGUCACUGAAGAUGGCAUUGAAGAUGCCUUUGAGGUUCUUGGUGAAAUUCAAGAGAUUGUGAAAACGGGGUUGUGGGUAGGCGACUGUUUUAUUUACAGUUCUGUGAACAGGCUGAACUACUAUGUUGGAGGAGAAAUCGUCACCAUUGCACAUUUGGACCGGACAAUGUAUUUACUUGGAUAUAUCCCCAAAGACAACAGACUUUACCUUGGUGACAAAGAACUGAACAUAGUGAGUUACUCCUUGCUAGUCUCGGUGCUAGAGUAUCAGACUGCCGUGAUGAGGAGAGACUUCAGUAUGGCUGACAAAGUUCUUCCCACAAUUCCAAAGGAACAGAGGACCAGAGUUGCACACUUCCUUGAGAAGCAGGGCUUCAAACAGCAAGCCCUCGCAGUAUCUACAGACCCAGAACACCGCUUUGAGCUUGCUCUUCAGCUUGGUGAACUUAAGAUUGCAUAUCAGCUUGCAGUGGAAGCAGAGUCUGAGCAGAAGUGGAAGCAGCUGGCUGAGCUUGCUAUCAGUAAAUGCCAGUUUGGCCUUGCCCAAGAGUGCCUGCACCAUGCACAAGACUGGGGCUUACUGCUGUUGGCCACAGCUUCAGGAAAUACCAGCAUGGUGAACAAGCUGAAGGGGCAGAAAAAUGGGAAGAACAAUGUCGCAUUUAUGAGCUACUUCCUGCAAGGAAAGCUUGAUAGUUGUCUUGAGCUGUUGAUUAAAACCGGACGCUUACCAGAAGCUGCUUUCCUAGCACGAACCUAUUUGCCGAGCCAAGUUUCAAGGGUUGUAAAACUGUGGAGAGAAAAUCUCUCUAAAGUCAACCAGAAAGCUGCAGAAUCGCUGGCCGAUCCCACAGAAUGAAACUUGUUCCCCGGAUUAAAGGAAGCUUUUGUUGCUGAAGAAUACAUCAAGGCAACACAAACUGAUUUGCGGCCAGCCAAUAAAUAUCCCCUAGUCACUCCAAAUGAAGAGAGAAACAUACUGGAAGAAGCUAAAGGUUUCACACACAAAAAUGAGGGGAAGCAUUGCAGGUUAGGAGAUUCAGAAGAGGAAGAACUAGUUCCUAAGCCUGUGAUAGUGCCUCCGGUUGCAGGGAAGGACCCAAUUGAAACAAAAGAUGAAAAGGCAUUAUUGGAGCUGGAUGAAGACUUGGAUAACUUAGACCUGGAGGAUAUUGAUACUACCGAUAUUAAUUUGGAUGAAGAGAUGUCUGACUGAAUUUUUUUAAUGACCAAAUUUCUUUCCCUAAACUUCAUUUACUGCAGUCUUCAUGGUGGAAAGAAGCUUGGUUUUAUAUGCAAGCUGGAUCAAGUAAGUAGGGUUAGACCUGUAAAAUGCAUUGAAGUAUCUAUUUCUGUUGUGUAGAACUCCUUAGAUACUAUGCCAAGCUCUUGUCACAUGAAGACCAUGCCUUGUAAUAAAUGUCUUUUAAAAUGUA